AUGAAUGUUUCAUUAGAUGCUACUACAACUGCUACAUCUUCUGCUUUAUUAUGGUCUUCCAGUCCCCGGUUGCUGUCUAGUGCCGAAAGUUACUCGUUUUCACUAGAUAACAUUGAUAAUCCGUACGAGACAAAUAAUUAUGGAUCGCGCACCACAAAUUCAUACUCACAUGAGAAAAAGACGAAGCUAGCGCCAAUUCCGACCAAUUCACACCCGCUUAAUCACGAAUUAAGUACCUCGCCCAUGUCACCAACAUUUUUUUAUAGUAAUUAUGGCAAAGAAAACGAAUCGUCGUCGUCUCAUGCAAACAUUCGUCAAAGACGUGCAUAUGCUUCUCUUGACAGUAGCUCGACUGAUGGUUUAAAUGAAAAAGCCCAAUAUAAGAGAGAAUGUCGAUCCAAAAAAGAACUAGCACGUAAAACUGUUAUUGUACAUGAAGUUAAGAAAACAGAUACUUUGGCUGGAAUUGCUUUAUUUUACGGAAUUGAGCUGCCAAUACUGAAGAAGGCCAAUAAACUUUGGACAAACGAUUCUAUUCACAUGCAUAAAUAUCUAUAUAUACCACUUGAUGAAUGUAAAUUCGAUGAUAAUAAUGAAUGGAGAACAACAGUAAUAUUGGAGAAUGAUCGAAUCCACAUUUCAAAGAACAAUAAUAAUAACUAUCAUUCAUCGUUCACAUCUGAUUCCUCGAGACCUUCAAUGUCUUCCCCCUCGUCUUCUCCUUCUAGUAGUCCUUUUACUUUCUAUGAUCGUGAAACAUUGUUGCCAGGAGUGUCACAUCAAACAUAUGAAUUUUGUCAUGAUCGGAAAUUAUCCAAUGUGUCAACAUCCACUAUAUGGUCAACAACUAGUAAUUGUGUUGGAGACGUUGCAGGAGGUGAUGUGGCAUCAACAUCAAAAUCAUUAUCUUCAACGUCAACGACAAAUUUAGGUUUUACAAGUGCUGAAAUACAAGAGUUGUCAUCAGCACAGUUAUCAUAUUUUCCCCCACAUAAAAAAAAUAAUGGCACUACACUAGCUAAAAAUCCUAAUACUACACUUGAUACUUCCAUACCAUCAACAAUAAUACAACCAUCUCCCGUUCCAAUUUCUCAUUAUCAGAAAAACAGAAGACGAGAUGAUAACACUAGUAUUGUGACAAUGCCACGUUCCUUCCAUUCCAACAUCAAUAACAGUAAUAUUAGCUUUGUCGAAAAUCCAUCUAAAAUUGUGGAUAAGCUAAUAACUACUCUUGACGCUGCAGGAGAAAAAUAUUGGGGGCGAAGUUUAAUUUCUAUGAAACUGGCUAUUAACAAAAGAAGAAAGAGAAUUGAUGGUGAUAGUGCUAAUGUAUUAGGGGGUAUCUGGAGUAAUAAUGAUGGUAGGUAUCGUGGGGAUUCGACGGAACUACGCUCAUCAUCUGCAUUAUCAAGUAAUAAUAAUCUCACGAGGAGGAAUAUCUUGUUUGCCAGUAGUUUCGAGGAUGGUCGCUCCCGCCUAUAA